GUUGGGGGAGGGGAAACCAUGAUCAAAAUAUAUUGGAUGAGAAAAAGUUAUUUUCAGUUAAAAAAAAAUGUAAAAAGUAAAGAUUGAGGUCAUGUAUGGGGAAGAAAAAGAAGUGGGGAAAAAAUCAGAAAUGCUUGUGUACUGUCUUUUUUCUCAACAUCCACCCACCUCAGCACCUGUAGGCACACGCUCUGCUCCCUGCCUGUGGAGACAAAAUGUCUACGUCAGAGGAGGUGUGUGCGUCUGAGCCCUUGACUGGUGCACUGGUCAGACCCACCCUUGCCUGUCCACGGGAUGAUUCCUACAAAGUGACAGGAGUACUUUUCUGUUUGUGAGAUGUCACGAUUCUGUGGACUCCAUUUCUUUGCUCUAGCUCUUCUUCAUUUCUCUACUUCCCACUGUAGUGGAAUUCCUUUUGAAGUUGACGUCUGCAGCCUGCGCUUCUCCCAUUUUCUAUGCACUUUGGCCGGUCAGACUUUCACACCUAGGACCCUAGCACCUCCAUGCUGCUAACUUCAGUGUGACGUCAGUGUGUGACGCAUGGUCUCCAAGUCCCAAGUGCUGGGACUAGAGCCACAUGCUCUGUCAGACCUACAAAACAUCCACUCCCCAAGGCAUCUGUAGACUAAAUGUGACAGUUAGCAGUCCAGGUCUGCUCAGAUUUGUAUAUGUCACAGGAAGUCAUAAUUGCCAGCAUCCAGAAACCAUCCUAUCAUUUAUCAAAUGUGUGAUUCAUAACUUUUGGGUACCAGAGGAGUCUAAGGAAAUGACCAUGGUCUUCAGUCCAUAUGGAAAAACUGUAUGCUUCUCUGUGAAGCCCAUCGGGAGGGUGUUCACCUACUCAGUGAGCGUGGACCAAAAGAUUGUGGAUUUCAAACUCUUCCUUGUAUUUGUGUCAGGCAUUUUCCUCUUCUUUUAUGCAAAGACCUUGAGCCGAAGCCCUGUUUUCUAUUACUCUUCGGGUACCUUGUUAGGUGUUCUGAUGACGCUAGUCUUUGUCCUUCUGAUGUCGAGGAGACACAUUCCAAAGCACAGCACGUUUGGGGCGCUAAUGGUUGGUUGCUGGUUUGCUUCAGUUUACGCUGUGUGCCGGCUGAUGGAAGAUCUGAAGUGGCUGUGGUGUGGACACAGAGUGUAUGUGUUAGGCUAUGUCUCGGUUGUCGGACUUUGCAGCUUUGCCGCCUGUUACAGGCAUGGUCCUCUCACUGAUGAGUGGAGCAGAGGCCUUCUGAUGUGGACACUGCGGUUCUUCUCCCUGGUCCUGGUCUACACUGGUGUGGCCGUGCCUCAGUUUGCCUAUGCGGUUAUGGUCCUCCUCCUGUUCUCCUGGAGUCUGUGCUAUCCACUGAGAGCACUUGACUGUCUGAGGUGGAAAAUGAAGCAAUGGUUCACAACAGAACCGCUGAUGGUGAGGUACCUCACGGACGAUGAGUACAGGGAGCAAGCUGAGGCAGAAACAACCAGCGCUCUUGAGGAACUGCGCCGUGCCUGCUGCAGGCCUGACUUCCCUUCCUGGCUGGCUGUCUCCAGACUCCAGGCUCCUAAAAAAUUUGCAGACUUUGUUCUCGGAGCGAGCCACUUGUCACCCGAAGAAGUCAGCACACACGAAAAGCAGUAUGGCCUUGGGGGUGCCUUCUUGGAAGAGCAGCUCUUUAGCCUUCCUGCUGACAGUCUACCUGCAAGUUGACUUCCUUCUGAACAAGAGAGCGGGUAAAAGGCAAAGGUCCUGUUACCGUGGGCAGAACCAUUUAUGGACAGUGGAAAAAGUGUGCGCUGCAGAGAAAAGCCACUGAGGAAGGAAAAGCAAACCUGAGAACUGACUCUCGGCAGCUCACUUUUGCUGUAAGUGGCACAAGGACUCUAAGAAUUGCUGCCACCUGCCCUGAGUGAAGAAGACCUUCCUUAGAACCGUGGGAACUGUUCUUUAGGACCAGGAAGCAAGGUCAGAUACUGUCCCAGCACCAGGCACUAACUUCUCUCUUGAUGCCCUGAGGUUGGGUCAAAAGGCUACAUUGUUCUCCCUCCAUUUCUUAAUUAAUUCAGUGUUUUCUAAAGUGCAGUCCACGUGAUACUAGUCAGGGCUGGUGAAGGAUGCUCACGCCAGUCGUGACUGACUCAGAGUCCCCGUCCUGCAGAUUUCUCCAUCUUCGGUGGUGUCAAGAUGUGGGUCUUCUGAAAGGCAGACAUCAUGUACAAGGACUUCGGAUUUAUUGACCACAAACCAUUUCUCAUGAGAUCAGUAAUCUUUAGAACACAUUUGGAAAAUGCUACUGAUGGUGUAAUUUGGGUUUGAGAGACAUGUCCUCCUCAGCAGCCCGGGCAGCGUCCCAGCCCUGGUGCAUCCUGGGACUCAGGUAGAAGACACGUCUUCAGUUGCAGGGUCCGGGCUGUCUCCCCACAGCCUCGGUCUCACUGUGUUGGUGCCUCUGUUUUUUGUUUGUUUUUUAAUAACAGCCUAUCAGAUUUAAUAACUGAAGAAAAGGAAACAUUUCUUAUGAUUAUACUUAAUGUAUUCACAAGGUUUUAUAUGCAGACAGACUAUCAUUACUUUUUGUACUUUUUAUAUAUUGAAAGUGAGAUUUAUUUUUUUUAAACUGCUUUUAUAUGUUUGCCAUGAUUUCUCACAAAAUAGGUUUGUGAUACUCUUUAUAAAGAGCAAAUGUUUGUUUCUUUGUCCGUGAUAAACUCCAGCACAAAAUGAGCCACUAACUAUACCUCACCCGAAGGGCAGAAACGCGGGUCCAAGGGUUGAGUGUGGUGAACGUUCUGUGAAGAAGUUGCUGCUUGAUUCUGAGAGUCGGAUACAGAGUUGUUGUCUUUGUUUUGUGAUGAUAACAACACGAGCAACCCUCCUUUAUAAAGAGAGGCACAGCGAGGGGCACGCACACAGGUUGUCGCUGUCAUUUCUUGAGAUCAGUGCUACCUUCCUGGAACUUUCUAGAUUUCUCAAAUGAUCUUUCUGAAGCAGCCUGUCAGUGUUUCUAGGUCUGCUUUUUGACAGACAUAUUUAAUAUUAGGAGUCUUUUUGUUGUCUUUUUAUUUUUUUUUAAUGGUUGCUGCCUUUUGAGCCACAACUGUCUGAAUCAGCAACUGCUAGGCCGCAAGGGCCGUAGCCGGAGGGAAAUCUGUUCCCUCCGGCUCCAACUCUCGAAUAACUAAACCUCCCCCCCUCUAAAGAAGUCAAGAUUCAAAGGUUAAGAUGGAAUCCUGCUCUUCAGAGGCUGAAUAGCAAGUAGCUCACCUCCUCUCCUUGCCCUCGUCCUCCAAAAAGCCCCUGUGUGUCUCCUCGCCCCUCCUCAUAAACCCUUUCUCAUCCGGCUCCUCCCCACCACUUCCUGUCAGCUGGUUAAAACUCACUGCAGGUGAGUUUUAUUUAAUCAAACACAUCUUUGCAUCAUUAGACAAACAUUCUGGAGCAUAAACAAAAGUAACACACCUUGAAACACUAUCCUACGACACUUUUUCCUUUCCUUAAAGCUCCACUCGGUUCAGUCUGUGCCUUUACACAGACCUUGAUUUUAAAAAGUCAAAGAAUGUGGUCUGGAGAGGUGGCUCAGUGGUUAAGAGCACUUGCUGCCUUGCAGAGACAUGGGUUCAGCCCCCAGCACCCACAUGGCAUGACAGCUUACAACCAUCCAUAACUCCGGUUCCAGGGGAUCUGAUACCCUCUGACUCUGCAGGCACCAGGCAUGCAUGUGUUGCACAUACACGCAGGCAGGCAAGACACUCAUGCAUAAAAUAAAAUUCUAAAAUCUAAAAAAUACAUAUCUAUAAAUAUAUACAAAACUGUCAAAUGAUGUGCUUCUGUCCUCUUGGCAACCAACUCUUUCGCAGGUAUAGACAAGAGUUCUAACAUGAUUCGGCCGCAGCUGAAUCUGGUUUUCAUUUUCUGUAGCUUUAUUUAUUGGUGGCAUACGGUAACAUGUCAGAUGUGCCUGCGCUCAUGCCUAGCCACGGUCACCCUCGCUGAGCAGUUUGUCUAGGAUAGACUGUGUGUGUGUGUGACGGACACAGGAACGCCUACUGAUCCCCCGACAGCCCAGCCUUCCUGAGCCGCUGGACACUGCACUGUGAGGAGACAGCGCAAGUCAGUGUGACCGCAAUAAAACAUGGGCUGUCUUUUGGGAUGCUGUUUUCCAUGCUUAUUUUUGGAAGAAUCAUGGAUCUGUCAGGCUGUCACGUGAUAACUGUGAGAAGCUAAACAAUUAAAGCAUUUCUGGUGAA